AUGACAUGCCUGGAGGAGGAGCAGGGGCAGUCCGAUGACUUGAACUCCAAGGACGGUAAAAGCCCCGAAGAGGGCCAGAACGACGAGAAGGCUCCGACCGUGGAGAACAACAUCAAAGCCGCACAGGCGGAUGAGAUCAAGAGUUUCAAGUGCAAAGAGAAGGAGCAAAGGGACGACGAAGCCAGCACCGUGGAGAGCGAGCGGGUCUAUGAGGAGGUCACCGAAAGCUCCCUCUGGCUCGAUGUCAAGCCCGGACUC